GUUUCAACCAUGUGUCACUCCAGCUUCCAGUGCAAGCGCCCAGCCAGUUUGGGAAAGAGGUGCCUGAUCUUGACUAUCCACCAAUUUCAUACAAGAGAAAGGAAAAAUCGGGUGAUAGUGAAAAAGAUUGGUCAAAGGACAAAUAUUACAUACCCUAUGUUUCCCUUUGAAAUUUUAGAAAAACUCUCUUGUUAUGGCCAGAUGAUGCAACCGCAACCCCAACACCCCCAAUCCCAGUCUUAAGGACUUAUUGUAGACGCCGUCGUCUCACUGCAAUCCCAAUGUCACCCACAUCCCCAACACCACCACUUCAUCAUGGUGACACUCCAGAUGAUGUAUCAACCCUUGAUCAUGGUGGCACUCCUGAUGUCCCUGUGUUUGCUGCAUCUGGCCCUCACACCCCUGAUGCCACUCACCACGAUGACGAUGGUGGCACUCCUGAUGUCCCUGUGCUUGCUGCAUCUAGUCCUCACACCCCUGAUGCCACUCACCAUGACGAUGAUGACACGUGUUUGGCUGAAUCAAGAAGGUUCGCUCCCACACUGAGAGGUAAGAAACGUAUGCGUCGUCCACUGACAAAUCCAUUUCCAACUCUCAAGGCCAGUGGUAGUACCCAAAAUAUUUUCGCUGUAUAAGGGCGGUACUGCCUUGAAGGAUAGAAAUGAAAAGCUAAACGAACCUCACUGAAGAGGGUUUCUUUUUUUUUAUCGAAUUAGGAGACUGUACCCCACCGUUAGUAAACUUAUUUAUUUUAUUAGGGAUGGCACUUUGAGACUUUUUUUUGGACGUGCUAUGCACGUGUGUAAUUAUAAAUAUAGUAAUAUAAUUGUAGAAAAAUCUUGAUAUAAUAAUAUAAAUA